AUGUACUUCGACAGGCGGCCGCGAGCUUCAUCGCGUGAUUCCGUGCCAUUUACGUGGCGUGGUCGUGAAGAUCAGGGUCCCAUCAUCUAUGGCGAUAGUAACAGUGGCCGGCUCACAUUCCUGGGCGACGGUCGUAUUGAGGGAUCCAUUGAUUACGAGGAACUCCGCUUCCGAGGCUGGCGGUUCCCAGACCAGGGGACGGGGGGUGGAACUUCUGCCUACACUUUGGAGAAUGAGUGGGAUGGGUAUUCGGAGGAUCAGUAUGAAAACGAGAGGGUGUCUCGUUGGAGUCGUUGGUGUGUGUACUUGGAGGGGUAA